UUAAUCUUCAACCAUAAUAAACAUGGCUACCAGACAAAAGUUACCUAAUUUAAAAAUAUGUGUCGAUAAUACAGAAACAACUGAUGAUUCGGAAGUUGAAAUUCAAAGUUCGGCUUCAUCCAGUUCAGAAGAUGAAAGUAAUUUUAAGAUAAAAAAUAACAGAGGAAGAAGAGGUCAAGAGGACGGAGAAGUGGAGGAUGACGUGUUAUCGAUAGGUUCCACCGAUGGACCAACAGAGAGACGUUUCUUAUCGAGAUCCACCCUGAAAAAUCAAAAACCCACAGCAUAUGGCCCUAAAAUAUAUGAAAACAAGACUGGAAACUUUGUUACUGGAGUUGAUGUCACAUCUGAAGAAGCAAGUGAGCAGAGAGAUAAACGUGCCAAGCGCUUUGGAACUUUGAGUACUCCAAAACAGCCAAUAACAGAUGUGGAUAUCAAAAACCUUCACAAAAGUCUAGGAAUGAAUAUCGAGAAACUGGAUGAGGACCCUCGUGGAUGGCGGAUGGAAGCCAUUUUAUUGCGAGGCACUGAAAACAUGAGCACUAAAGAUGUGUUUGAAUAUUUUUCCGAGUAUGCACCAAAAGGUGUUGAGUGGAUUGAUGACUUCUCUUGUAAUGUGAUCUGGUUAGACAAGCUAACCCCAGCCAGGGCGCUACUAAAACUUAGCCAAAGUUUUAGCGAAGUGCACCCAGAUGCUGAAGGGGAGAAAAACAAAGAACAGAAGAGUGAGACGGCCAGUCAAGAUGUAGACAAUAAGACAACCACGGAGACCAAAGACAGCAUUCCAGCAGAACCCCCGCAAGACAAACCUACAGAGAAGAAGGAACCAGUGCUGAAUGUUCUGGAAGAUGAAGUCAUGGAACUUGAUUAUGACGAUAAUCUGGACCUGACUGGGGAAGACCCUAUCGACCAGGCAAUGUCCACUUGGUCAAACUUCACACAAAACAAGAAGGAGAGGGCAGAGAGGGCGGCGGCCACAGCCGUGCGGAAAUCUAUUGACGAGCUGUCGGCCAAAGAGAAAAUAUCAGAGAAAGUUUCAGAGAAAGACCAAGAUGAUUCUCAUUUAAAAACGGGUAAAAAAGUGAAAAGUUUGAAUAAGGAACCCAGCAGCAGUCUGGUUAAAUCUCACAGAGAUAAUCAGAAUAGAAAAGUGUUACCAAGUGUAGACGGGGUUAAGAAAACAGAGGAGUCUGGUCAACAUGGCAGCAGGAACAAAGACAGUCUGACAGGGAAAAAGGUUGAAGCUAAGGCCAAACCAAAGGAUGGCCUCGACAAAGUGAGAGCGUCCAAAAAAGAAAAAAUGGAAGUGGAUGACGCCUCCGACUCUGAGAGCAGUAGCUCAUCGUCGUCAUCCGGCUCAUCCAGCUCUGGCUCUGGUUCGGAUUCCGGAUCAGAUUCGACAUCAUCCACCUCUUCUUCUGGAUCAUCAUCCUCGUCAUCAUCCUCAGGCAACUCUUCUAACUACAGUAAACAAAAAAUGAAAAAAACCCGCUCAGAGAGGGAUAUGGCAAGAAAUUUAAAGAAAACCAAAAAACCCGAAGCUCCCCCCAUCCCACCUGUGGCUAGGGAGAGGAGUGAAAUCCCGUGGCCCCCUGGGUUCUGGCGGUUAGGCUUACCCCACAUCAAGGCGGAGUUUCUCUUUAUGAGAUAUGCCAUGAAAGCUGACAAGAAACUGCCAGGUGCAGAGAAAAGAAGCAAGUAUUAUGUCAAGUAUGGGAACCCUAAUUUUGGAGGUAUCAAAGGGUUAAUCAGUAAUUCCAGGAAACGUCGUUUGCGUAAUGUAGGCCGAGAUAGCCAUGACGAUGACAGCUUUGAUGUGAGUGAUGACUUAUCUGAUAAAGCCUCAUCCAGGCUGUCAGGUCGUAUUGGCAGUCGAGGUGGCACAGAGAAGCUGGUCAGCGAGCCAAAUUAUUUUGAAGACGGUGAGGUAGCUGACGAGGAAGAAGCUGUUAGGCCCAGUUUGGCCGAGGGAAAAGAUUUGAGGGAUUUUUUAAACAAGGAGACCAAGUCAGCAAAAUCAUCACAAGAAGCAGCGAAAGACUCAGAUGAUGAAAUGGAUUAUGGGGCGGAGCUUGAGAGGUUGAUGGGAGACGAUGCCCCGCCCACAAAGAAAAGGUUCAUGCGUAUGCAUGCUGACGAUGAGGAGGAGAAGAUUGAAAGAACAAAAAGGCUUGCAGCAAAGAUGCAGAAAGAGGUGAAGAAAUGGCAGAAGAAUAAAGAAAUUUUUGAUGAAUAUCCAGAAGACGAAGGAGAGGUAGUGGAGGAAGAGGAAGAAUACCUGCCCGUGAAGAAAGAGUGGGUGGACUACGACAACGUGGAAGAUGACGACCCGUUCAAUUUGUUCGGGGUGUCGAAAGUUGAAGCCGUCAAAAACUACAAGUCAGGUGAUGACCAUGAGGAUGAUUGGGACCGGAGGAGGGGGGAUAAGAACAUGAAACAUAGACUUGGUGGGGGGUAUGCUGGCUCGAAGGGUCAAAGGGUAGAGUUACCAGCGGGGACAAUUGAUCUCAGGGCUAAGCUUCAAGGGAAAAGAAGGGCGGGUAACCAAAACUGGUAAUUUUUUUUUAAUGUGGAGCUCUGGUUUAUUUAAUUAAGUUGUUUUAUGAAGGGGUAAAAAAAAUUGGUUUAUAGUCAAAACUUUUUCACUGCCUGUCUGUUAUGUAAAGAAUUUAGUUCCUUAGUAAUGUUAUUGUCAGUAUCUGUGUUUUACACCAAUAGUAUUUCAUAGAUUUAAAAUCCAAGGCUUGUCAGAAUUAGGUGGACUAUGGUGUUAAACUAAACUUGGAUAAAGAAGAUUUAGAUGUCUCACUCAUCAUUGACUGGUUCUAGUAAAUUAUAAAGUUGAUUGACAAUCAAAAAGGCUUUAUGUUUAUUUUGUUUAUACUCUAAUAGAAAAUAUCUGCCCUACAGAUACAUAGGGUAGACCCCUACUAAUCAAUUAUUUACCAGUUAGGUCCCUUGGCUUAUGAAGAAAUAUAUAUCCCUUGGCAUUAAAAUAAAGAAAUGACCAAAAGACUGACAGUGUGUAUAUGAUAUGGUGAAUGUUUGUAUGUUUUGUGUUUGAUUGAUGCAGCUACUGUGUGUGAUUGUAAGGCAAUUUUAAAUAAAUGUACUAUUGUGAAAUUUUUUAAAAUGUGUUCUUGUUCUUAUUGUGUAGAAAUGUUCCAAAAUUUAGCGCAUAAAUUUUACCUUCAGAUAUUU